AUGUUAUCUUCCGAGGUGGAGGACACAAAGCAUGAUGAAGGUUUAGAUUUGAUGGCAAGUAAGACAGCAGGGGGUAUUGAAGUGAGUGAAGCGGAAAAGAGCGACGCAGAAAAUGGUGAAGCAGAAAAUGGUGAAGCUGUAAAGAGUGAAGCAAAAAAAACUGAAGCAAAAAAGGGUGAGGCAAAAAAGAGUGAUAUAACAUCAAGUACGGCAGAUAUUAAAGUGCCUGAAAAGAGUGGGUUGGUGCAACAAGAAGCAGAGGAGGGCCCAGCGUACAUUGUGGUGUCGAUCAGUGGUACAGGGGGCGAGCAGAUGCAGUAUACGGCAAAAGAUGCAAGUGAAAUCAUAGAAAUAGCAUGGAGAAUAGUUUCAGCCAAGGAUUUGACACAGGUGGCAGCAGGAAGCGAGCUGGUGAAGCCAAUAAACACCCCGAUAACGCCGCUAUGCACGAGUGUGACCGGGUUGACGUGGAGCAGUGUGAAGGACGCAAAAACUUUGAAAGAUGCAAUCGAGAAAUUCAGCCAGUCGAUACUCGAGCACUUGAUAGCAACCAAGAGACCGUUCAGUUUCGUUACAUUCUCGAGCUGGGACUUGCGGAUGCGUCUGCCAAAAGAGGCCCGCGAGAAAUCGAUCCAGUUGCCCGAGUACAUGCGGUAUCCGCGGUACUUUGACUUGCGAAAGGAGUUUGUCCGGUACCAGGAGGCCACCAAGGAUGAGUUCUACUCGAACAGCAGCAUUAACGAGAUCACCAUAGGCCAGGUAGUGGAGUCGCUGGGUGUGGGCAGUGCAGCAGGGCCGGAUUUGUGUGAAUGUGCGGCCGAUUCAGGCGAAAAAGACGAAACCAGCGGAUAUGUGGCCGAAGAUGGUGAAUGCAGGAAUGGAGGCAGCUCCGCCUUGAAAACCAUAGGCCUGCUCGUGGAGAUAAUGCGGAAACUGAAACAGGAAGCAGGCCCGGAGCUCCGGCUGCUGAGCCGGCCGCACGAUAUGGGUCUAGACCUUACGCAGUUUUACGAAGAUGGGUCGCGGAUCCUUUACAUCACUAAUCUUCCACUGGAUGUGACGCAGAGCGAGUUGGAGUCGUGGUUCACACAGUUUGGGUGCAAGCCGAUGGCAUUUUGGACGAUCAAGGCGCCGCUUCCGGAGAUGGGAGGUAGUAGCAGUAGCAAUGGCAAUGGCAAUGGCAAUAACAGUAAUAGCAAUAACAACAACAACAACUAUAACAACAACAAUGGCAAUAACAGUAAUAGCAAUAACAACAACAACAAUUACAACAACAACUAUAACAAUAACAACAACAACAAUUACAACAACAACUAUAACAACAACAAUUACAACAACACUAGCACUAACUAUAACUACAACUCCAACUCAAACUCCAACUCCUCUUCGCUCAUCCUCCACUCCAUGUGCUCCGGAUUCGUCAUCUUCGCGUCGCACGACGCAGCAGCCGAGUCGCUCGCGAUGAAUGGCCGCGUGUUGAACGAUCGGAUCAUCGAGGUGCAGCCUUCGUCGGCCGGGGUGCUCGACAAGGCCCAGGAGAUCCUCACGCCGUUCCCCUCGUCCAAGAACAGGCCGCGGCCCGGUGACUGGACGUGUCCGUCGUGUGGAUUCUCCAAUUUCCAGCGGCGGACGGCGUGCUUCCGGUGCUCGUUCCCGGCGACGUCCGCGCAGGCAGUCCAGGAGAGCAAGUACGGGGGACCGGGGUACUACACCGGGGGCCCUGUUGGCUACACCGGGGGCUCCUACGGGGCGGGCUACGGCCGCGGUACCAGGGCCCCUGGUGGGACAGACGGUGUCCCUGGUGCCACGGGGCAGCACCACCACGGCCACCAGAACGGCCACCGCGGCAUCCACCAGGGCGUCCACCAGGCCCUCGGCGGCACUUCUACCAGGGGCUACUCCGCGUACGGCAGCCAGCCCGCCAUGGGCUCCUCCAAUGUCCCCUUCCGGGCCGGCGACUGGAAAUGCAUGAAUGAAAACUGUGCCUACCACAAUUUCGCCAAAAACGUCUGCUGCUUGAAGUGCGGUGCCCCCCGCGUGGCCUCCGCCAUCCUAUCGGGCCACCCUCACACCCCGCGGCACGCAAACCAGCCCACCGGGCCCGCAACCCAGCUCGGCCGCAUCACACCGGGCUACCAGGCCCACGGCCAGCCCUUCCGGCCCCAGAACAUCGACAGCCACCGCUCCUACUCCCAGCCCUACCAGCAGCAGGCCUACCAGCAGUUCUCCCGCCCCAUUUUCUCCCAGGGCUCGACCCCGGUGCUCUCUGACUCCUCCGUUGACAAUUUAUCGUCCCAGAUUACCGGUUUAAGCUUAUCCCGGCCGGACCAGCCCACCGGCCAGGUCUACGGCACGCUGGCCAACCUCAGCGGGUCCUCCCUCAGUUUGAAUCCCGACCAGGCCCAGGAGUAUUAG